CCAUCGCUGUCGUCGCUCUCUCGCAAGCUUUCCCGAAGACAGACAAACAAUCACGUCUCGCCUCUGUCUUCGAAAAUACUUCAACGCAAAACAAGCAUACGAACGAGCAUGCUCGCCUUACUCUAUGUGCUCGUGCCAAUCUCUUUAAUCGAAAUCAAUGCCAUACCAACGCAAGAUCCAAACAUGUAUCAUCAGGCACUGGCUCUUCCCCUGCAGUUUCCUUAUGGCUGGUAUGCUAUCGAUGUACAGCUUAUCGAUGCCAAAUGCAAAGUACCGGGAGGAGAACGCGAUGUGACCACGAUCUUACAGUGGACUGUCGACGCCGGGUUCAAUAGAAAGAAUGAGCUCACUGUCCAAUAUCAAGAACAGCCCGGGCUAAUCUAUGAGGCUUGGCCGACCACCAACGAACCGAUGACGGGCCAACCUUAUGCGCUCUUGCGCGUCACCAGAGCAAGACGUCUCCGCAUGACCAAACCUUCCAGAGAUCCAGUACUUCGUUGCUGCCGGGUCACAUGGAUCCAAGACGUCUUCUUGUGGCAAAUGCAGGUCGCAUCGGUCAAAGGCGACGCCUCGGUCUUUAUGACGUGCGCCGAUGAUGACGUCCCGGACGAAUGCCAGACUCUCUUCCCGCGCGAGCCGGUGACAUGCGAGGGCACGGCAGAGGCCAAAUCAGAACAUGUGAUCUAGCUUUGCCGUCACAGAUAGGUCAGGCCUCGCUUCUCGAUUUUCUCUGCAACCCUUUGAAGAUAAGAUGGUGGUCAAGCUCUGGACAUUCGCUGGUCUCUUUGCUCUCUGCUCGCUCUCCACCGUCGCCGGCAAGAUGGAGGUAAGCCACAGAUGCACGUCUUCAGGGAUUGGCUGACUUGAUCUGCGCGCAGUCGGUCAAGCGCACCAAUUGUGUCAACCUGAACAUGGCUCACUGUCACGAACAUGUACUGCGCAUCGUUGCUCAUGCAGCGCAUGCUGACAUGACAGCGCAGAUGAUGUGCAA